AUGAAAGGAAACGGUGCUGCGCCAGCAACGACGGUCGACGCGUUGACUGCCGAGUUUCACAAGCAAGAUAUCAAUGCAAACAACUUUGACCGCACUCCUGCGCAAGACGACGUCCGAACUCUCAAGGAACGGGUGCUGGCACCUGAGAGCGGCGGAAAGGGCUUAUUGCCCACGCUCAAUGCGUGGUUGCAUGAUCAAGUCUGGUCCGAAGGCGGCGAGCUCACGUUGCAUCUCGGUGGCGGCAAAGAUAAUGAUGGGCGCUUCAGUGAUGAAAAAGAGCUCGAGCGCGCCAUUGAGAACGUCAUCGAUGCGGCGCAGGCAGUAGGGUGUACGGCCAGCGUGCUUCGAAGAGGUGUAUUACCCAAACCAGCCGAGGAAAACAACGAUCCGCACCCUCCUAGCUCCGAGCACCAGCAGGAAGACGACAGGGCCGCUGGGACGGGUGAAGUAUUCUACUCGGCGCACCUGAUGGUUCGGCGCAUCCCAGCAUCAGCACAGGAGCUGCUGGAGAUUCGCAUUGCUGUUGUUGGUAAUGUGGAUGCGGGCAAGUCGACCAUGCUCGGUGUUCUCACCAAAGGUACCCUCGACGACGGCAGAGGCAAAGCGCGCGUCAACCUCUUCCGACACAAGCACGAGAUCGAGAGCGGGCGAACUAGUAGCGUCGGCAUGGAGAUUAUGGGGUAUGAUGCGGCCGGCAAGCCAGUGGUCAGUCAGAACGCCAAGGAGGGCAAGGAGGAUUCAGGACGCAAGUUGACGUGGGAGGAGAUUUGUGAAAAGGCCGCCAAGGUCAUUUCGUUCAUCGACCUCGCUGGCCAUGAGAACUACCUCAAGACAACAUUAUUCGGUAUGACCGGCUGCCUGCCUGAUUUCGUCGUGCUCAUGGUCGGUGCAAAUGCUGGAUUAAUCGGAAUGUCGAAGGAACAUCUGGGAAUCGCGCUUGCGCUGGCCGUACCCGUAGUCGUCUGCAUAACCAAGGUCGACAUGACACCUGUACACAUUCUCGAAGCUACGAUUAAGCAGCUCACGAAGAUUCUACGCUCGCCCGGUUGUCGCAAGACACCCAUCUUCAUCCACACGAUGAACCAGGUUGUCGACACUGCAUUACGCUUGAACAGUGAUCGUAUCUGCCCAGUCUUUCAGAUCUCCAACGUCACAGGGAUGAACAUGGAUCUGCUGCGCGCUUUUCUCAACAUUCUGCCCCAAGCGCCGAGUGCAAAGUUCAAGCCAGACAAGCCAUUCGAGUACCAGAUCAGCGAUACAUUCAGCGUGCCCUUUGUAGGCACGGUCGUAUCUGGCGUGAUCCUGAGCGGGCGUGUCAAGGUGGGCGACUCCCUGCUCAUCGGCCCAGACAGCCUGGGUCAAUUUAUGCAGACGGCCGUGCGCUCGAUUCAGCGGAAGCGCGUCAACGUUGAAGGCGGUAGCGCCGGGCAGAGCGUGUCGUUUGCGCUAAAGCGCAUCCGCCGCAACCAAGUGCGCAAGGGCAUGGUCAUGCUCAGCCGAAACCCCGAGGGCGGGGCACAGCCAAAGGCAUUCAUGGAGUUCGACGCAGAGAUCCUGUGCCUGUACCACUCCACCACGCUCAGCAUUGGCUCCUGCAUGGUGUUGCACGCCGCCAGCAUUCGGCAGACGGUCAAGAUCGUCGGCAUCCUCCAUUUGACGGACCAAGGCCUCAGUGGCGAGGGUGAGCAGGAAGUUGAUACGAAAUCGACCGCCAACGUCGUGCGAACUGGAGACCGCGCACGAUUACGCCUGCGCUUCAUCCGCUUCGGAGAGUACGUCAAGCCGGGUCUGAAGCUGAUCACGCGCGAGGGAAAGACCAAGCUGAUUGGCGUCGUGCGCAGCGUGGGCACUGUUGAGCCGCUGUCUUACUUUGCCAAACAUCCGGACGCACAGGGCACGUCUGGCACAGCGAGCACCAGCACAGCUUUGAAUGCUGCUACCGGUGGUGCAGGCGCAGGAGGCAGCAGUGCCAAUUCUAGCAAUGGGGGUACCGCGCCUGCAACAGGGACGACAGGUCAGGCAGUAUCUUCAGCACGAACAGCUGUGGUAGGCGCCUGA